AUGUUCUAUGAGCCACUCGAAGAUAACGACAUACGGGUCCUACAAUUCGAAAACCACUGGCAUCCAGAGACAUCAUCAAAGGCUCUACGGCUGUUGAUAAAGACCGUUUCGCUUGAUAAAUUAAGCUUCCCACAACCGGAGCUGGAUGUGUUCACUCAAGAGCUCAAAUCACGCUGUUCAUCUCCCGGUCGCGAUCGGUUGUCACCAGCACUGGUCAAUCAUCGACCUCAGCCAAACUCACGCUUUGAAUGGGGCGAAUAUGAAGCGGUAUCAUACUGCUGGGGUGACAGAAGACAUAUGACAUUUGUUUGGCUCAAUGGUGUUCGGAAAGAAAUUUCUUGUGAUCUAGACAUAGCCCUACGGGCUUUACAUCGCUUGCCAGAAACUCGACUUGGGAUGAAUUAUUGGAUUGAUGCGCUUUGUAUAAAUCAAGAUGAUGUCGAGGAAAGGAAUCAUCAGGUCAAACGUAUAAUGCACAUAUAUUGGGCAGCAAGAGCUAUCGUAGUAUGGUUGGGUCCAGAAACGGAAGAAGAUACUAGAGCAAUCACGGCAAUGAAAGGAACCCGCAAAGAUAUAUCCCAAAAUGGCCGACUUUUUCGACCGCCAGGUUUUGCCGCGAAGGACUGGAGAGCGCUUUGUGCAUUCUUGAGCAAACCGUACUGGAACCGUUUGUGGAUAAUUCAAGAGCUUACAGCAAACCAUUAUUCUACUCUCUUCCUAUGCGGAGCCAAGACAUUGACCAGAGAGAUGAUCAAAUUAGCUGCCGAAUGUUGUCAAAAAUUGCUACGAGAAGACCGACCAUUUACCCACAACACUCAUUUCGAUGCUUGGUCCAUUUCGACUCGCGUAUACCGAUUAGUUGAAUUGAAACCUAAUCUGCCCCGAAAUAAGAUGCUAAAGAAAGUACUGAAUCUCUCUCGCGAAGCGCUCGCGUCAAACGAGAAGGACAAAGUGUAUGGAAUUCUUGGAUUGUUGCCCGACUCUAUCUCCUCGCAGAUCAUUCCAGACUACAGUAACAAUACUUCGGUGCAGCAAGCUUUUACAGCACUAACCGUGGCCGUUAUUAAAACAACGGGCCUUGAGCAAAUCAUAUAUGGCUCUAGGUCUUCUACAUUAAGUUGGCCAUCAUGGAUUUCAGAUUUGCGACUGCCAUUCUCACGCAAGCAUGUUCAGUAUCUACGUCAAUGCCAAGCAAGUAAAGAUUAUAGCGCAGAUUAUCACUUUCUGGAUGAAGAGAGCCCGCUAAACACCCGGCUUUGCGUCAAGGGAAUCCGAAUAGACCUUGUCGAUGGUAUCAUGGCUUCUCAAUCUCUUGGUGACCAACCAAUCUACCCAAAUCGCAGUUCCACUCGUUACAAUGGGGAUGUAAGUCGACUAUUAGCACAAACAAUGGUAAUGAACCAUCCAAAAACAUUUCAGAAUCCAGUUCUUAUGAAAACGCCCUGGGUUGUUGAGGGCGCUGGGUCUAUGUCUGGAAAUGUGCCAAGUAUAUACUUCCUGGAUUUCCAUCGAUUCAGGGUUAUCAAUGAGAGUUUCCCCAUCAACGGUAAACCCUUCAGAGAUUACUUUCCGAUUAAGCGAAACAUACUCAAAGGAAGGAGUAAGAUUUCAAAACAUUUGACUCUAGCGGUUGUCUCCCUAAGAGGACGGAAACUGGUAACAACAGAUACCGGAUACAUAUGUCUUGUACCUGAUAUUGUACAGGAAGGGGACGUUUUAGUUCUGAUCCUCGGAUGUAACUUUCCGAUUCUGCUUAGGUUAUAUGGGAGCGUGUACCGGAUCUUGGGAGAGUGCUAUGUUCAUGGGCUGAUGAAUGGGGAAAUCUUCCAUGCACAAAAGGAAGAGGGCUUGCAGUAUGAAGACUUUAUUCUCGCUUAA